AUGUGUGUGACGAAGCAUCAUUUAACACUUCAUCUCACUUAUUGGACUACCGCUCCCAGCCUUGGAAGCCUUUCACUAAUGUUUUAUCGAGGUUGGUGAUACGUAUAACGAAAAAUCUGGUUCUUCAGAGCAGAAAAGACAAAAUGUAUUCCUCCCACUGUAUUAUGGGAGAGAGCGAAAUGUUGCGAUUUGACAAUUCCUAUCGAUCUUUUGUCAACUGAUAAAAUGCAACAGUACCUCUCUGUGCCGCUCUUUUUGCGGUUUUUAAUGGCUUUUAAUUUUUUUAUCACAGUUGUCCGAUGGUUUUGAGUAGUCUGAUAGUUGAUAAAAAAAAGCGACUGUUAGCUACAAAGUUGCGUUUUUCAUCAAUGUUGAGUUCAAAACCGCUCUAUUUCCUUAAAAUAAGAAGCUCAAGUUUCUAAAAAAAAAAGUAUCCUUUCCAUCAAGAAAAAAAUGCUUAUUUUUAAACUAAAAAUAUCUUGCCUUAAUAAUCACAGAAAAAAAUUUUUAGGUUGAUGAUAUUUUCAUAUGCCCCCCAAACAAAGGGGAAAGUUUAUUAAAGUUGGAAAUUUAGUUCGAAAAAUCCCCUUAUCUUUAAAUAAGUAGCUCAAUGAUGAUUUCCUUGUAAAAUCUUCGAAUUUUAAGCUUUCGUUUGAGAAAAAUUUAGAAUGUCAAUUCAUAUAAUAAAUUUAGAAUCUGAAGCUCAUGAGGGUCUCUGAAACUAAAAAAAAAAAAAAAAAUGAAAAUCAAGCGAAACAUUCAGCAUCAAAAUCAACCUUCAUUCUAAAAAUCUUUAUCGAAUCCAGCCUAUGAUACUGGAUUGGUUCAAUUAGUCCGUCUUUUUCACGGCUAAAAUAAACAACUAUACGUCAUGAUACCAAAAGCCAAAGUCUGGAGGGAUCAACGGCAUUUGUCAGUUGCUUCCUCUGCUUCUUCUUCUUGGCACCCGUCUCUUUUCACCUUUCCGUGGCCUGCCAGCCAGUGACUGCACUCGACCGAACUUUUUUUUCCUUCUUCUUCGCCCCUCCUCACUUAUUGAUUUUCGAUUCCGACGCUAGAUUACUCCGAUCUUCUCUCAAAUUUUCCUCCUCUGUCUUUAAUUUUGAACAGUUUCAGUAGGCUCAGGGCAUUUUUUAAUCAUAUUUUUAAGUCCUGGAAAAGGCUGGAAAAACUAAAAUUUAGCUGACAAGUCUUUUUAAGAAAGAAAAAUUUUCAUAAUGAAAGGUACAUGAAUACUCUUUCAAACUGGAUUUUCAACUUUGAUAGAUUUUUGAAGUUUCGACUGGAAACUAAGGAAGCGAAAUUAAGCCUGAAACUUCACUAAAAUCAGAUUUUUUUGGGCUUCUAGGAAAUUCGUAAUGUUUUUAGCAAAAUCCUUCGAAUUAAUCAUUUUUUUCAUAGACUUUAUUGGCCUCCCAGGGUCUUGAGCUUCUGAUUUCAAAGAUAGAAGUUACUGGAAAAACUUGAAUUCCAGUUAUUUCUAAGCUUUUUCCUAUUUUUCCUCUACUUACCGACCAAAACUACCUUUGAAACAUUGAUCGAAAGGUCCAGGACCUUAGAUAACAUUGCCCCCACAAUUUUGAUCAGAUUUUAGCUUCGAAACUUGAAAAUCUCCUUUUAAUCCCCAUAAUGAUUCUAUGAAUGGGCGAUAGGUCCAACGGAUCCAGCUGAAAUCGAUCACGGAAAGUGUCAAUUUCGUCGCCAAAUUGUCGGUUCCAAUAAAAAGUGCGACGUUGAUUUGACCGAUUGCCACGUGAAAUAAACUGUUCCCGUCGAAGAUUUUUGCAUUUCAGACGUGAGAAAUUGAUGAAAAUAGUGUGUUUUGCAUCAAAAAGUAGGCUAACACUUUCUCAUCCCAAGAAUUGAUUAGAAAAUGUUUUCCUUGAAUUUUUUUUGAAAAAGAAUCGUGCAAUUGUUGUAUAAAUAUUGUGAAGAAAAGGAGGUUUUUUUGAACCUUAUCUGUAUUUUUUUCAAAGUUUAAAACGUUUUUUUUUAGAAUCUCAGUUUGAAACUGGAAUAUUUAAAGACGCAGAUCUUUCGAAAUGAAUAGGAAAUUCGCCUCUAUGCGCCUUUAAACUUGUUUUUUGAGUAAACAGACGCAGUUUUGAAGCUUUUUUUCUGUCAUUUAUUCGUAUAUUUUAGCAUUUUUCCAUAAUUCAAAUUUUUAAAAUUCACUGAAAGCCGAAAAUUUUGAGAGUCUCAUUAUCAUGGAUCUCCAUACUCUAUUGAAACCUACUAAAUUCGCCUCUAUGCGCCUUUAAACUUGUUUUUUUGAGUAAGAAGAUGCAGUUUUGAAGCUUUUUUCUGUCAUAUAUUCGUAUAAUUUUGCAUUUUUUCAUAAUUUGAAUUUUUUUAAACUUCUUUUUCAAAGCCUAAAAUUUUGAUAGGCUUAUUAUCAUGGAUCUCCAUACUCUAUUGAAACCUACUACCAAUGAUUUUUAGCUGGUUUUUCGGCUUUUACAUGUCAUUUUUUUGUUCCUGUUUUGAAUUCUCAUAAAAUUUCAGUUUUCCUUCAAAAUACACCUUUUCAUAACAAAAAUGUUUUCACAGGAUUUCCGUUCGCCUACACUGAACAACUAAGAUCGUUCGCCUUUCACGCACUUGCUUCUUCGCAUCCACUGGAUAGCUUCUACGGGGAUUCGAGACAGAAGCAGAAGGAAAUUAACAGCUGCGCGGCCAGAAAACAGAAGUCAAAGUCUUCAACCACCGAAAAGAAGUGGCAAGACUCAGGUUGAGGCAUUUUUUAUUUUUGUGUAUUUAUUUUUUGUUGUGGAUUUUUUUGUCAAGUUUUGAGGUAGAAAAAUGAGUUUUUUUGAGCUAAAAUGUUAAUUUUCACCUUCCGACAGUUUUGUAGGAGUCUGUAGUCAAUUUCAAAAAUGCCGUUAUCUUCAAUUUUUUUCGUUUUGAAGAAUUUCUGUACUUUAUGUAUCAUUUUUUCGAAUUUCACUGUUAUGUUUGUAAAAGGAAAAAAAGUGAGUUUUUUUCCAAGCUAAAAUAUUAAUUUUUUUGUCUUCCACCAUUUUUUUAAAAGAGUCUUUGGUUAAUUCUACAAAAAAAUACCAAUAAUUCUAAUUUUAUUUCGUUUUGAAGGGUUUUUUUGGUAUUGAACACAGGUUAUAUGGAAAAAAACUUAUAAAUUUGAAAAAAAUAUUCACGAUUUUGACUAUUUCUGGGUUUUAUGCCUCUGUGAACGGUGGAAAUUUUUUUGAUUAGAAGAUGAAAUCAAAACGGUCGUCUUUCUUGUUGAAUUAACAGCUCUUAAAAUUUUAUUUGAAGGGGUUUUUGUUCGAAAAGCUUGGUAAAAUGGAAAAAUGAGCUGUUUUCUUCCUAUGGCUUCAUUUUUUGGAAUUCUUGUUGCAACUAUUCGAUUAUGAACCUUUUUUGAACUCUUAGAGUCAAAAUAUUAGGAGAAUUUAGUGAAUUUUUCGGCUCUGUCACCACUUUUAUGUGUAGUUUUUCAAUAAAUCUGAUCCAUUUUCAAAUUUUCAAAAUCAGCUCCUAAUUUCGAUAUUAUUUCAGGCUUGUUGCUACUUAAACCCGAAAUCGAACUUGAUCAUCAACAGCAACGUGUUGAUACUCGCCUUAACAACAACAACGAAUUAACCAGAACAUCAACCGAAAAAAAGGGAAAAAUGUUCCAUUUUGAUGAGGAAGAAAUGCGCCCACGUCACAAGAACGGCGUCUACCGUUAG